UGGACAUGCUCAUGUUGCUCGUCAUCGCACUGAGCCUGCUCGGGCAGCCUGGCGCUCAACAAAGUCGGCAGAGGCAAGCGAGUUGGACGAGUUGUGCACGUGACUAGCGCCCAGCGUGUCACCGGCCUGCCUCGGUGGCCAGAGCAUGAGAGCAUGUAGCGGCUAGCUAGCCGAGCGAGAGACAUGCUCUUCCGUAGCUAUGGACAGGCUGCACGGUGCAAGAUCCUCAUCCUCGACUUGAACCCGUCCAAGCUCGAGUCUAUCGAGCGCAUCAAGCAUGUCCUGCGCACAGAUUGCGCUCACAUUGACCUCGCAAGCUUGUCUGAGCUCCCCUCUGGACGGUAUGCAGCGCCCCGUGUCAGAUCAGGCACGCCCGUUGCGCUCACAGAGUCGCAAGCCAACGGACACGCUCCCACUGCUAAUUCACCUUUCGGUCCGACGCCUGCCUCGAAGCCUAUGAUCUUCGAGUACGUCGACAGUCAGACCGAGCAUGCUCAGCCUGGUAGCAUGCUCGACUUUCAGCGAUCAAGACAGAUCUGGGGCCUCCUCAUCAUCGCGUCUGCCCCUUCAGAGUCGGAUCCGAUCGAUCUGAGGAGCGAGCAUCUUGCUGUGCGAGCAAGAUAUGCCCAUGUAGAUUCUGCACGAUGCUGUCUCGUCGGAAAAGGAGCUCCGACCGAACUGCCAGAAGGCAUGAUAGCUUUGCCAGACGCGCCGGACGAACUCGCCAGUGCUCUGCGCGCUGUGAUGAGCGAGAUGGCGAGCUCGAGUCUGCACGACUUUGCCAUCUUAUCUGCUCAACUCGAGCAUCGCAAGCUCAUAGAGACGCCAACAGACUCCUCAGCUCGAUCGGGAGAUGUUCUCGCCCGAAGCAUAUCGCCUGAACCCUUAUCACCUGUAGGCUAUACGAUUCCCACGGCUUCUCACUCGUCUGCCGCCCUCAAUGCAUUUGGACAUCUCGGCUUGAGAGCAAAGAACAGUCCAAAAUCGUCGACUGCCAGCCUACCCAGCGGGCCUCCUCUCCGCUCGAGCUCUGCACCCGUCCUGGCGCCAGGGGCAACAGUGCAUGAUCUGUCUCUCUCCAGCAAUGGCAUCAACGGCAUCAGACCGACAUCACUCGCCGAUCAAUCGAACGAUCACGCGUCUGCAUCUAUGUCUGCUGUGCCUCAAGCAGGCAGGACCAGCAGACGGUUGCCUGGCCGCUUAGCAAAGAUCAGAGCAGAUCUCAAGCUCAUGGCCGGCAGAUGGGACGAAGCCCAGGCAGGUUACAACGACGCCAUCGUACUUGCAAAGAAUUUCUCGGAUCAUGUCUGGCACGCCUCUGCUCUCGAAGGCCUCAUUGCUCUGCAGAUUGUGCAAGCAUGGCACUCGACCAUCUCUGCUCCGCCAAUGCCGGUGCCCAAAGACCUCGUCGCGCUGACAAAACCGCAAAGCAAGCCUUUCUCUGCGCACGACACACUCUCUCUCGAAAUGCCAGACAAGAUGGCAGAAGUCCUCACGCUUUACGCUAAAUCAGCGCCGGCGCAAGAUGCCUUCCCUUCCGAUCCGCUAGCGUUGACCAAUGAGACUGCUCACCCGCUCAUACUGGCUGAAGCGCAUCUUCGCGUGGUCGAGCUAAAUCAUGCCGUCGUACUUGCCGGCGGCUGGAACGCUCGUCUAGUUCAAGAGCUCGUCUUUGCGCGCGGUGAUCUUCAUGCCUCUGCAGCGACGCUCGCACACACUGCCCUCAAACAAACCAUACUUGAUCACCUCGCAUUUGCGUACACCCCUCAUCUCGUACGAUCAGACUUGCUAGAACGACACCAGCUCGUCAUGCGCGUUGCUGAGCUGUACGGGCAAUACGGCAGACUGCGCCGCCAGGUUCUCAUGCUUUGCGAGGCAGCCUGUCUUGCUGCGACUAUCUGCGUGCAAAGUCCAGGGACGCCGGUUGCUCAUUCCCUAGCAGCGCAGGGUACAGCCGGUCUUCAGCGCGCUCUCGUCGUUCUUGCCGUUCUCGCAGCCUCUGGCGACAAGCCUUCUCUUCUUCAACAGACGGGCUGGCCUUCGUUACAGGUCAUGAUGGCCAAAGACGCGGUGAACGCGGCGAGACUGCUGGGUGACACAGAGGGUAUGAUCCGCUUCGCCACCGCUUCUCUGCGUCAUCUUUCAGGUACGCUCGCCGGCGAGCAAUACAACCUGAGUGUGGACUUCCCGGAGAUGGUCCUAGCUGCUGCGCAGGCAGAGCCGGACAAAGUUCUACCUUAUUGGGGCCCGCCCGCUCCUGUGGUCAGCGCGUCCCUCGACGCUACACCAGCCCGCAAGCAGCUCCAUGCGGUCAAGGCCAAGGAAGCUGCGCUUGGCAAACUGGAGAGCAUGUCAGACUUCAUCUACACCCCCACGACCAACCUCAGGGCAGAAAUGAACCGCCCUCCUUACGCAGUUGGCGACUUGAUCACUUGCUCAGUUGUCCUACAGAAUCCUUUCGCCUUUCCAAUCAGCAUAGAGGAUUGUCAGCUGGUCACUGCAGGCAACGUAAAUUUCGAGCCUUACAGCAUAACUACCACACUAGCAUCUCAGUCCGUUUCGACAGUACGUCUUUCGGGCCGACCGACGAGCACUGGCGAGCUCGUUUUCACUGGAUGUCGCUUUCGCCUCGUCGGAACGAGCCACGAGACCUUUCCUUUCGAUCGCAGCGAUCGCCAGCUAUCGACUUACUCUCAAGUGCACGAGGACUAUCGUGUAAAGCGAGGCUCUCGCAUAUCACAUGCUAGACCGCCAUCUCUGCCUGUAACCGGCAAAGUGGCUGCUCUGGCUCUGACGGUAGUAUCAGAGUUGCCGACACUAGCGUUGCAAUCGUCCUCUAUACGACAUAACGCGCUCAUGUCAUUUGAAGGCGAAGCUAGUACUGUGGCGCUCACACUGAUCAACCAGAGCGGACGAACGGUCAAUUUUCUCAAGGCGAUCUUCCAUGACAAUCACACUGCAGCAGCGUAUCUUGCACUACAAACGCAAGAGCUUACGCCAGACCGAGUAUAUGAGAUUGAGCGCGAUCUCGUUGCAAGCCCUGUUCUGUCGCAGGUCUCUUCUGCAGAUGACUUUAGCAUCGCACCUGGUGAGUCUCGGGCGGUCAGCUUCAACUGUCUAGGCAAGCUAGGUUGCACGUCUGCGUCGAUCACUCUCGAGUAUGGUCAUUUGGCGACGGAUGCAGCUGCACCAUCGACCACUUGGGUGCGCAGGCUCACGUACGACUUCGACAUUACCGUACUUGGGGCGCUGCAAGUCGAGCGCUUGACUGCCAAACCACUCCGGCGGCUCGAUGAACCCAUGCUGACUCACCGCCGAGCAUCGAGUCUGACCCUACGCGGGCGACGUGCGUCUGUGGAUCUCUCUCUUGACAAGCAUCUCAACGCGGACGAGGUGGACGAGCAUAACGUCUUGCUCUUCGAAGUACGAAAUACGUUUUCAAAGCCUUUCGAGAUCUCUAUUGGCCGCAUGCAUGAUGGCGAUUUUGAUCGAGUCAGAGAAAAGAUAGAGCCGGGUGCAACAGCGAGCAUUGCACUGCGGCACAGGAGGAUGCGCAUCGCUGAAGCUGCACUCAUGCGGACGAUACCCUCGCCGCUUGGUCGACAGUUUGUAGUUGCAAAGGCGCCCUUAGAAGCACGAGCCGAGCAGGUCGCUUUAGCGCGCUUCUGGCGACGUCAAGCCUUCCUUGACGACUGUACGGCCACUUGGCGCGAAGUUGGCUCGCGGAGGCAGGGCACACUAUCCUUGCGAGCGCUUGGGCUAGAUGAUCGGUUAUUGCACAUGCUUGCUGCGCGGCCCGUCGAUCUAAGGCUCUCUUCGGAUCGACCUUUGCUCAGAGAUCGAGCCUGUGCUGUCACGAGCGAGGCGGACGCAUUCAUCAGCAUCAGAGGCCACAUCAGGAAUCGCAGUGCCCGCUCGAUCAAUGCUGUAGCGGCCAUCGUCCUAUUACCGUCUGCAGAUACGCACAGCGAGGUCACUAAUCAAGUCUUGUUCGAUGGCCCAACAACAUUCGAUCUAGCAGCCUUGCAAGAGAAUGAGGAGACUUCAGUCGAGACCAACGUCAUUCUCCUAGCCGACGGCGUGUUCGAUUUUGGGCUGCAACUCUACCAAUACGAUGCAGAGGACUGGCAAGCGGUCAUAGCUGCGCCGGAACCUUUGCGCGUUCAUUGCAAGUCCGCAGGCUGAAGCGUGUCUAUGCGUGAGACGCGCUUGCUUUGGUGUCCUUGGGUAGCGUAGUUGCAAAGCCGCCGGUGCUGCCGAAGCCGCCCGCGCCUCGUACCGUCUCUGACAGACUCUGCAGCUCGAAAUGUCAGCUGGGCUCCCAGUGAUUCCGGGAAACAUGCCUCGACUUCAAGUACCGCUGGCGUUACGAUGCGCUCGAGAAUCAGUUGCGCAACGCGAUCGCCUUCGGCCACUGCGUGGCCUCUUAGCCGGG